AUGAUGAAGGGCGACGAAGAAGAGAAACCGAGCAACGAAGAAGAAGAGGAACUGAUUGAGAUGGAAGACGAAGCGGAGAUAUACGACGGCGUUCGAGCUCAGUUCCCUUUGAGUUUUGGUAAGCAGACGAAAUCCGAGACUCCGCUGGAGCUCAUCCACAACUCCACUCGUCGUACUCCGGCGCCGGCUCCGGCUCCCAAACCAAAGGAAUCACCGUCGUCGUCGAAAACCCAGAAGAACGACAACCCUUUCCGUUCCCUCUCUUCUUCCUCCAAUGCCUGGCUCCAGUCCGUCAGGAGACCUAAUCGCCGGAGCACCAAUGGCGGUGAUGCUGAAUCUAUUGAGAAUAGGUCUGCGGUACUUGGGCCGCCACGACCCAGUGCGAGGCAUUCAGAUGACGAUGCUUCGAUUGGGCCAACUCCUCCCCCGCCAAUGGGGCAAGAAGUAGAUGAGGACGAAGAUGCUCCGAUUGGGCCACCGCCUCCCCCACUAAUGGGGCAAGAAGUAGAUGAGGACGAGGAUGCCAUGAUUGGACCUCCCCCUCCCCCGCCGGCGGGUGAGGAUGAGGAUGAUGAUGAGCCAGUUAUUGGACCUCCUAGACCUCCAACCAGUGCCGCGGGGUCGGAAUCUGAGGAUGAAGAGAUGGACGACGAAGACGAAACCAAUCAGUAUCGGAUACCUUUAAGUAAUGAGAUUGUCUUGAAGGGUCAUACUAAGGUUGUUGCUGCUCUUGCAGUGGAUAAUUCAGGCUCCCGUGUUUUAUCUGGCAGCUACGAUUACACAGUUCGCAUGUAUGACUUCCAAGGAAUGAAUGCCCGUUUGCAAUCAUUUAGACAACUAGAGCCAUUUGAAGGUCAUCAAGUUCGCAGUUUGAGUUGGAGUCCUACUUCUGAUCGCUUUCUUUGUGUGACUGGCUCAGCUCAGGCUAAGAUUUAUGACCGUGAUGGACUUACUCUGGGGGAGUUUGUGAAGGGGGACAUGUAUAUACGUGAUCUUAAGAACACUAAGGGCCACAUAUCUGGAUUGACCUGUGGAGAGUGGCACCCUAAGACAAAGGAGACAAUAUUAACAUCUUCUGAAGAUGGUUCACUACGGAUAUGGGAUGUUAAUGACCUUAAAAGUCAAAAGCAGGUCAUUAAACCAAAACUUUCACGGCCUGGAAGAGUUCCUGUUACCACUUGUGCUUGGGAUCGUGAAGGCAAAUGCAUUGUAGGUGGUAUUGGAGAUGGUUCUAUACAGAUAUGGAGCAUAAAGCCUGGAUGGGGUAGUAGACCAGAUAUUUAUAUAGCCCAUGGCCACUCAGAUGAUAUUACUGGAUUUAAGUUCUCAAGUGAUGGAAGAACAUUGCUUUCCAGAAGUUUUGAUGGUUCAUUGAAGGUCUGGGAUGUGCGCCAAGUUAAAGAACCUGUUCGAGUAUUUGAUGAUCUCCCCAAUAAUUAUGCCCAGACAAACAUCGCUUUCAGCCCUGAUGAGCAGCUCUUCUUGACUGGGACAUCAGUUGAAAGAGAUAGUACAACUGGCGGCUUGCUAUGCUUUUACGAUAGAGUGAAACUGGAAUUGGUAUCAAGAGUUGGAAUAUCUCCGACCUCCAGUGUCGUCCGGUGUGCUUGGCACCCAAGGCUGAAUCAGAUUUUUGGCACCGCUGGUGAUAAACACGAUGGAGGAACUCACAUCCUUUAUGAUCCCACCAUAAGUGAAAGAGGAGCUCUUGCUUGUGUUACACGUGCCCCAAGGAAGAAGUCCAUUGAUGAUUUCCAAAUAGAACCUGUGAUUCACAAUCCUCAUGCAUUACCUUUAUUCAGAGAUCAGCCUAGCCGUAAACGUCAGCGUGAGAAGAUAUUGAAGGACCCACUUAAGUCUCAUAAGCCAGAACUUCCAAUCACAGGGCCUGGUCAUGGUGGUAGAGUUGGCUCAACUAAAGGAAGUUUGUUAACUCAGUAUCUUCUUAAGCAAGGUGGCUUGAUCAAGGAGACAUGGAUGGAAGAAGAUCCAAGAGAAGCAAUCCUCAAGUUUGCCGAUGUUGCUCAGAAUGAUCCAAAGUAUAUUGCUCCUGCAUAUGCACAGACGCAGCCCGAACCGGUCUUUCAAGAAUCAGAUUCCGAGGAAGAGAAAUAG